AUGUCGACUGAUCCGACCAGAUACAAGCUCAAUCACUCCAUGCUGCGGGUCAAGGACCCCAAGCGGAGUUUGGACUUCUAUCAGAAUGCCCUUGGCAUGACACUGCUCAAUACUCUGAAGAAUCCCGACGCAAAGUUUGAUCUCUACUUCCUUGCCUACGACGGCCCAAAAGCCGUGUCCUCGGGAAAGCAUUGGACCGACCGUGAGGGUAUCGUGGAAUUGACACAUAACUACGGAACCGAGAACGACGAGAACUACACGGUCAACACUGGUAAUGCCGAGCCAUUCAAGGGCUUUGGCCACCUCGCCAUCAGCGUCGACAACAUCCAGGCCGCGUGCAAGCGACUGGAGGAUAUGGGCUGCGCUUUUCAGAAAAAACUCUCGGAUGGUCGCAUGAGGCACAUUGCUUUUGUCAAGGACCCGGAUGGCUAUUGGGUUGAAAUCAUUGGCCAGAAGAACGUACAAGAGACCGAAAACGAAACAACGACCGACCUGGGCGUGUAUCGAAUGAACCACACUAUGAUUCGGGUUAAGGACCCCAAAAUCUCCCUCGACUUUUACCAAAACGUCAUGGGGAUGAAACUCAAGCGUACAUCCGAGAACGCAGCAGCCAAGUUCAAUUUGUACUUCCUUGGCUACGGAGCUGAUGCGGAUCCCAACCCCCCCAACGGCGUGAAUCCGUGCGCUGAUCACGAAGGUCUUCUCGAGCUAACUUGGAACUACGGCACCGAGAACGACAAGGACUUCAAGUACCAUAACGGCAAUGACCAGCCUCAAGGCUUCGGUCAUAUCUGUGUGUCUGUAGAUGAUCUUCAGGCUGCAUGCCAGCGCUUCGAGGAUCUCAAGGUGAACUGGAAGAAGCGGCUUACGGACGGUCGUAUGAAGAACAUCGCCUUUGUCCUGGAUCCGGACGGUUACUGGAUUGAGGUGGUGCAGAACGAGGGAAUCAAGAAGACAACCGACUGGUGA